AUGAAGCAUUCUGCUGUAGAAGUCAAUGGGACAGGAAUAUAUAUUGCUUUAUCAUCUGUUAAAUCACACUGUGCUCAGGAAACUGUGCUCAGGAAGUUUGGAUAUAACGAUGAUAUCAAGCUUGCUGAUGAUUUAUUUCCACCUUUGAAAUACACUCCCGAUCAUAGUGUUGAGUUGACAAAUGAAGCCAUUGAAUUCUUGAAGACAAUUUUUGAAUUCUUGAUAUCAUCGUUAUAUCCAAACUUCCUGACCACAUGGACUGUGCUCAGGAAGUUUGGAUAUAAUGAUGAUAUCAAGCUUGCUGAUGAUUUAUUUCCACCUUUGAAAUACACUCCCGAUCAGAGUGUUGAGAAGUUUGGAUAUAAUGAUGAUAUCAAGCUUGCUGAUGAUUUAUUUCCACCUUUGAAAUACACUCCCGAUCAGAGUGUUGAGUUGACAAAUGAAGCCAUUGAAUUCUUGAAGACAAUUUUUGAUGCAUUUGAUGCUGAUUUUGAUGGGAUGCUGCGACCCUGUGAACUUGAAGAAUUAUUUGCACUGGUUUCUUAUGAAGUUGGUGGAAUCUUUCUUAUGUUAUGUGCAAUUUUUCAAAUUCCCUGGAUUGGAAAUCCAUAUGAGGAUUCUGCAGAAAGGAAUGCAUUUCAAGGACUAUCACUUGAUGCAUUUUUGUCAGAGUGGGCACUCAUGACUCUGCUAAACCCAACCUUCAGUGUGGAGAACUUAAUAUACCUUGGUUAUUCUGGUGAUCCAUUAUCUGCUGUCCGUGUGACUAGGAAGCGCCGCACUGAUCGUAAAAGACAACUUUCUGAAAGAAAUGUAUUGCAGUGCUUCGUUUUCGGGCCUAGGAAUGCCGGAAAAUCCGCUUUAUUGAAUUCUUUCAUUGGAAGGCCAUAUUCUGAAGCUUACAAUCCAACCAUCGAGGAUCGUUAUGCUGUAAAUGUUGUUGAUAUUGUGAAGGAAAACAAAAAAUAUCUUGUGCUGAAAGAGAUUCCAGAAAGUGGAGUUGAAAAGCUGCUGGCCAAUAAGGAGUCUUUGGCCUCAUGUGAUAUUGCAGUUUUUGUUCAUGAUAGGUCUGUUGAGUCUUCAUGGAGGGCAUCAUCUGAACUCUUGGUAAAUAUUGCUGGACAUGGAGAAAAUACUGGCUUUGAGGUGCCAUGUCUUAUAGUUGCAGCUAAGGAUGAUCUGGAAUCAUUUACAUCGGCAAUACAAGAUUCAAUUAGGGUACGAUGGCCAGCCGUCAUGAAAGGCUCCUGA